CAUCAACUCUUCAGUGCCCUCCAGGUGGAUUUCAUGCACCUGCUGGCAUUGCUUAUUUAGGAGUAUUAACUAAACGACAUCUAGACUCGUCGUUUAUUCCACAACACAUCACAAAACGCACCCUCUUCAUCUUCCUCACAAAAUUAAUUCAAUCAUAAUUCUCUUUGCUAUGUUAUGAAUCUUUCAUAAUUAUGAAUUCUUCAUCUUCUUCACCACCUCAUUACAGUUCUCUCCCAUCGUCAAAUUCCAUUCCUCCAAAUUUCAUCUCACGCGCCACCACACCAAAACCCCUCUCCGCCACGCGCCGUCCAUGGGAAGAAGUUUUCGCACUCUACUCUUUCACACGUCCAUACUCUCUCACCGAAGCCACCUCGCGCGUGAAGUGUAACAUCAACCACUUCCGCGUAAACUACAUCAUCCUCAUCCUCUUCGUCUUAUUCCUCAGUCUCUUAUGGCAUCCUAUCUCAAUCAUAGUCUUCUUGAUCACACUCAUAGCUUGGUUUUUUCUCUACUUCUUCCGUGACGAACCGAUUGUUCUGUUUGGCCAUGUUGUGGAUGAUAGAGCUUCUGCGGCGGUGCUUGCUGUGGUGACGAUUGUGGCGUUAGGGUUUACUGGUGUUUGGGUGAAUGUGUUGGUUUCGAUUGCGGUUGGUGUUGUGAUUGUUGUGUUGCAUGGUGCAUUUAGGAGUACAGAGGAUUUGUAUGUGGAUGAACAUGAAGGGUAUGAUGGAGGGUUGCUUAAUUCGUUUGUUGGGGGUACCCCUACAAAACGUGGUGCAGGGUAUACCUUAAUAUAGGUUCUUUAUUUUCUCUUCAUUUUGUGUCCCAUUAGGUUACGUACAAUUUUUUUUUUGCCUUCAUAAAAAUUCAUUCAACUUGUUUAGGGGAAAUUGAAUUGUUUUUGUAUUCUUAACUCUCAAUAGGACUGGUUUUUAAAUUACAUUGAUUGAUAGAGUGGGGUUCGGUUUUGUGUAUUGAGUUUCAUCAACUUCGUUUGUCUUGAUAGCAUGAUUCUGAUAUGCAUUUGUUAUUGGUUA